AUGGCCAGCAAGCUUGAAAACGUCAAUACCUCCGUUACGCAUCCUACACAGGAGCCCACAGCCAUGGACAAUCAGAUGCUAACACAGUUGACGCACACAUUACAGACUGCGGCUAUAGCUGCACUCAUCUUUGCAAUAUGUGCAUAUGUUCCCAAGCUCAAGCGCAAAGCUCAGUUUCGAAGCAUUCCGACCCUCAGCGGCCUCCAAAGUGGAGAGAAGCAGCGACAAGCAUUCCUCUCGUCUGCGAAGAAGAUGUAUGAAGAUGGAUACACCCAGUUUAAAGAUUCCAUAUACAGAAUCGCAGGAGAGGGAGGCGAAGACAAUGUUGUUGUACCUUUGAGUCUACUUCCAGAGCUACGAAAGCUCCCCGAUGAUGUCCUCAGCUUCCCCGAGGCUAGCAUGGAAGUCAAAUACACCAGACUAGCGGUUGAAGGAUCUACAGCUAUCCACUCGGUCAGGUCUGACCUCACACCAGCGCUAACUCGGUUGAACCCCGUCAUCUGCUCAGAAGUCGACGCUGCAUUGCGAGAGUACAUGCCCCCAUGCGAAGACUGGACUGAAGUCUACAUCAACCAGAAACUCGUCGAUGUUGUCGCAAAGGUCUCCGGCCGCAUCUUCGUUGGACCAGAGUUAUGUCAGAACCCAGAGUAUCUCGACCUGGGAUCCAAUUAUACCAUUGAUCUCAUGAAUGCGGUCACAGCCCUUAAGAAGGUCCGUCCAUGGUUGAAGCCCUUCUUGGCACCUCGUCUUCCAGAAGUUGUCCAGCUCCGCAAGCGCGAGAAACAAUUAACCGACUUUCUGCGUCCGAUUGUAGUGGAGAGGAUGACCGCCAAGUCAAAAGACCCUAACUGGCAAGCGCCGGACGACAUGCUGCAGUGGAUGAUCACACGAUCUGACGGUAAAGAUUCAAUCGACAGGAUUGCUCAUUUUCAGCUCGGACUCAUCUUCGCUGCCAUCCAUACCACAACUAUGACCGCCACAAACAUCCUGUACACGCUCGCCGUCACACCAGAGUACAUUGACCCUAUCCGUGAGGAGGUCCGCAACGCCAUGGCCGACAACGGUGGAAUCAUCACUUCUCGCGCUCUGCAACAGAUGGAGAAACUCGAUAGCUACAUGAAAGAGGUUACUCGCUUCUACCCUCCGGGCGUUACAUCCUUCGGCCGCCGCGUCCUUAAAGGUAUAACCCUCAGCAACGGACAAUAUAUCCCCGCAGGCGUUCUUAUCGAAGUCCCUGCUGCAGCCAUCUACCUUGACAGCGAACACUACCCCUCGUCCUCGAAAUUCGACGGUCUUCGCUCAUACAAGUUGCGCUCUAGCGGUAAAGCAGCAGAUAUUGCGCGCAACCAAUUCGUCACUACCAACGAGACUAACCUGGGUUUUGGUUACGGUCGUCAUGCGUGCCCUGGCCGCUUCUUCGCCGCCAAUGAGAUUAAGAUGAUUUUGGCGAGGCUGAUUCUAGAGUACCAUAUCAAGAUGCCGAAUGACGAGACGGAACGCCAUCCACAGAUUGAAAUGGGGAGGCAGAGUAUGCCGCAUCCAGGGAAGACGUUGGCGUUCAAGAAGGUGCAGAUUUAA